GCUCACGCUCACGUAGCGGUAGCGCUACUUCGAACCGAAGCAGAUCUGCAAGGAGCCGCAGUGGUGGCUCACGUUCACGGUCACGCAGUAGAAGUGCUGCGUCAAACAGGUCAAAUCAAUCAAAUCGUUCGAAUCGUUCGAAUCAAUCGAACCGAUCACAGCGCUCAAAUCGCAGUCGCAGUGGCUCUGUAAAAAGUAGAGGCUCUCGUUCACGUUCACGUUCCAAGAGUGGAAGUCCACAGCGAGCAAGUAAAAGUCGAAGCCGUAGUCGAAGUGGCUCUGUUAAAAGUGGAAGUCGUUCAAAAUCAAGAUCGCGUUCACGCAGCGGAAGCCAUGCAUCGAACCGUAGUCGUAGUGGAUCGCGCCGUAGCAGAAGCAGCUCCCGGCGAAGCCGAAGUGGCUCCCGAAGAAGCCGAAGUGGCUCCGCACGCAGUCGCAGCGGAUCGGCAAAAAGUAGAAGUCGAAGCAGAAGUUCCGGCGGCUCCCGUUCUAGGUCCCGUUCUCGUUCACGCAGUGGCAGCGCUGUAUCAAAUCGCAGUCGAAGUGGUUCAGCUAAAAGUAAAAGUCGAUCACGUUCUCGAUCUCGGUCUGGUUCGCGUUCACGCAGUGGCAGUGCUGCUUCGCAUAGAAGUGGUUCGCCAGUGAAUCGCAAGAAACGUGCUAUUCUAAGUGAUUCAGAGGAUGAAGGUGCCGCAUCACAGCAACUGAAACGAGCCAAGAUCAUUGACUCCGAUAAUGAAGAUGAGGUGCCAGUUGGCGAAGGCGAUGAAAACGAAGGAGUUCAAAAACCUGAUGACGGCGGAGAAAGUUCAGAUGAAGGCGUUAGAAAUGAUGACGGCCCGGGAGGUGAUAAUGAACAUGUUAAUGACUUUGAGGCGAUGCUGGCCAAAAAACGUGAAGAAGGAACGAAAAGACGCAAGAGACGAGAUAUUGAUAUUAUUAACGAUAACGAUGACAUUAUCGAUCAGCUCAUUCAAGAUAUGCGUGCUGCCGCUGAGGAUGAUCGUGAAUUGAAUGUUCAACAAAAACCGGCCACUCGAAAGAUUUCCAUGCUAAAAAUGGUAAUGUCGCAAUUGAUCAAGAAAGACUUGCAGCUGGCAUUUAUCGAGCACAAUAUUCUAAAUGUACUCACCGAUUGGUUGGCACCAUUGCCAAAUCGAAGUUUGCCAUGCCUUCAAAUUCGUGAAAGCAUCUUAAAACUGCUGUCAGAUUUUCCGCCAAUCGAUAAAUCCUAUUUGAAGCAAUCGGGCAUCGGAAAAGCUGUGAUGUAUCUGUACAAACAUCCAAGUGAAACGAAAAAGAAUCGUGAACGUGCCGGUCGUUUGAUAUCGGAAUGGGCACGACCAAUCUUUAAUUUAAGUGCUGACAUGAGUUCAUUGACACGUGAAGAACGAUUGCAACGUGAUUUGGAACAAAUGCCAAGAAAACGACGCGCAAGCCCCGAAGCCGGCACUAGCGCAAAGAAAAAAGAACUGACAUCAUUCACGAGCGAUGAAAAACAACUGCGACCGGGUGAAAAGGGUUGGGUGAGCCGAGCACGUGUUCCACAGCCAUCAAGCAAAGAUUACGUGGUCAGACCAAGAUCAACAGUUGACGUCGAUUUGAGCCGAAUUGAAAAGAAGAAACCAAAUCGCUACGAAAAGCAUUUGAAGAAGUUUAUCGAUGCAAAACGGCUGAAAGGAUCACGGCGAGCCGUCGAAAUCUCAAUCGAAGGUCGCAAAAUGCAAUUGUAGAUAUGUAUCGUAUGUCAUUCUGGGUCAAGGUUGAAGUUUUGCUUUGGAAACAUUAUACAUUAUUCUAAGUAGUUUGAAACGAAAAAAAAAACUCACACAAGUUUAUCGAUGAAAAUAAGAAAUUUUUUAUUAAAAAUGUCUUGAAAAAUAGAACCACAUGCAAAUGACCGAACAAAUGAAUUGGAAAUAAAUUCAUAACUGAUUGGAAACUCAACGAA